GUCACAUUCCAGGAACCGCCGCCAUCUUGACAAUACAAGCUCUGGGAAAAUACGCGUUUCUGUUUGUGAGGUUUUUAUUCCCCUUAAACGUGUUUCAUCAUGGCGAUGCAAGCGGCGAAACGCGCAAAUAUCCGAUUGCCUCCUGAGGUGAACAGAAUACUUUACAUCCGGAAUCUCCCGUACAAAAUCACAGCGGAGGAAAUGUACGAUAUCUUUGGGAAAUACGGACCAAUCCGACAGAUCAGAACUGGAAACACACCUGAAACCAGAGGCACUGCAUACGUGGUUUAUGAGGACAUUUUCGAUGCCAAAAAUGCUUGUGACCAUCUGUCAGGCUUCAACGUCUGCAACCGGUAUCUUGUCGUCCUCUACUACAAUGCAAACAGGGCUUUCCAGAAAAUGGACACCAAAAAGAAGGAAGAGCAGCUGAAGCUACUAAAAGAGAAAUACGGCAUCAACACAGACCCCCCAAAGUGACACUCUGGGAACGAAUACCGACUUUUCUUGUACAUGUUUUGUUGAGCUUUUUUUUUUUUUAAUUGUCGCACAGCUGGAUUGUUUUUAAAUGAUGAGAAAGAAGUAAUUUCUUAAGAAAAUUAUUCUCAGUUGAAAAUUAAAGAUACUGUUUAUGUUCAGUUUAUAUCAUUCACUCUUUUGUCAUAAUCGAAAAUUCAUUCUGGGUGGCGCUUUCCCGGGCUGAGCAAAAUUCCUUCCUCAAGAAAAAUAAAAACGUUUCACCAACA